CCCCUCCGCGCCCUCGCCUGUGGCGGCGGCAGUGGUAGCUGCGCGUCGCCCGGUGUCAGCGGCGGCCGAGCCCGGCGCUGCGCGGCGGGGGCGGGGGUCGCCAUGGCUGACAGCGGAAAGCCCUCGGAGGCUCCGGCCGUGGCCCCUCAGGGCUCGCCGGCGCAGGAGCGGCGGCCGGAGGGCUCCCCCAGCGCGGGUACCGCCGGGGCGGAGGGCGCGGCGGCCAUGCCGCGGCUACCGUUAGGCAGCCCUGGCGGGGCGGCGGGGAUGUCGCUGCCGCGGCUGGAGAAGCCGAUCAAACAGGCCUUCUACAACACCGGGGCGCUGCUGUUCGCGGGGCUGUGCUGCGGCGCCGCCGUCCUGGUCUACUUUAUCUUGGAGGCCUUCCUGCGGCCGCUGCUCUGGGCUGUGCUCUGCGGCACCUUCCUGCACCCCUUCAAGAGCUCGCUGACGGCGUUGGGCCGCCGCUGGCUCGGCCGCCUGCAGCGCUCCCGCACGCCCGUCCUGCUGGCCGCCCUCCUCCUCCCCAUCUGCUUCGCCAACUACGGCGUGGAGGCGCUGGGUGAGCAGGUGCUGCGGCGGCGGCGGCUCCUGCUGCUCCUGGGCGCCGGGGGCCCCCUGCUCUACGGACUCUACUGCCUGGGCAGCUCCCUGGGCGUGCAGGUGCUGCUGGCCCAGGCCGGCCGCCUCAUCUGCCAAGGGCUGGACUACUUCAGCAGCCAGUGGAUAUGGACCUUGGUGGUUGGUUACCUGCUGAUGGUUUCAUUCAAGUGGAAUAUAAGCACUGAACGUUACUUAAAAGCAGUCUCUGUCCCUGUCUGGAUUAUGCUUCUCUUUCACUUAGCUUCUGUGGCAGGUUCCUGGAGAAUUCCUGUGUUUCUGGUUAUAGUUUUUCUGAUGACUGUAGGCAUGUUGUAUGAACAACAGAAUGGAAAGGAGUCGUCUGGGGCAGAGCUUCCUGGUCAGAUGAUUUCCAUUGCUGCUUCAACAAUUGCCAUGGCUAUUUCAAUGACAGAAGACGUGUCCAGUAGUGAACAUUCCUCAAAACCCUCAGGAACGACAGAAGGUGAUCAGCCUCCACAAGCUUCAUCAUCUGUCUCCUCCUCUUCAUCCUCUUCUGGGAGCAGACAAAGAGCUGAGAUUGGAUCUUUUCUUAGAAAAAAGAAAACUAGUGAUAUUUACUUUGUUACACUUGUGUGGGCCAUUGUCAUUGUCCAGAUCUGGCUAAACUUCUGGAUUGUGCAGCUAUUGCCGGUGCCUUUUGCAGUUUGGGCACUUAAAAAGCUCGUGGUUCAUUUUGGAGUUUUGAACUUCAUGGCAAGCCAUUGCAAAAGUUGGUGGCAACUUGUUGAAAACUUUGUGAAGGAACGUCAGGAAGCUCUUGCUCCACGGCCCAUCAGAGGGCUUGGAAGAGUCAUGUUAAAGCUUGACAGUAAGCUGUGGCACUGGCUUAAUAAGAAGAUGAUCGUGUGGUUGGAGAAAAUGCUAGAUAAAAUAAUCAGCAUUUUCAUAAUAUUUUUGCUAGUAAUAGGAACCCUUCUGCUAGCCCUGCUCCUUACUGCAAAGGUACAUCAAGAGAGUGUUCACAUGAUUCAAGUCACAAGCAGCUUGAUCAAUGAGACAGUAGCCAGUCACCCAGAAUGGGCAAACUGGCUUCCAGAAGCCCAGGUUAUUCAGAAGGCACUCAAUUCAGCAGUUAAUAAUGUAUACCAAUAUGGCCGAGAAUGGAUUACACAUAAGCUGCAUAAGAUUUUAGGAGAAAAAGUGAAUAACACUGCUGUGAUUGAAAAACAAGUGCUAGAGCUCUGGGACAGGCUUUAUCACUCUUGGUUUGUGAAGAAUGUAACACAUUCUGGAAGACACAAAGGACACAAAUGGCACAUAAACCGUCAAAACAGCUGGCUUGGUGAUAUCCUGGACUGGCAAGAUGUUGCAUCAUUUGUUCAUGAAAACAUCGAAACAUUUCUUUCGAUCCUGGAGUCUUUGUGGAUAGUGAUGAGUCGCAACGUGAGCCUCUUGUUUACUACAGUUACAACAUUAGUGACAAUCCUCUUCUAUAGUGGGACAGCUCUUCUCAAUUUUGUGCUUUCAGUGGUGAUUUUUCUGACCACAUUGUUCUACCUGUUGAGUUCCAGUGAUGAGUACUACAAGCCAGUAAAGUGGGUGAUUAGCCUGACACCUUUGUCUCAGCCAGGUCCCUCCUCAAAUAUAGUGGGUCAAUCAGUGGAGGAAGCAAUAAGAGGUGUGUUUGAUGCUUCUCUCAAAAUGGCUGGGUUCUAUGGACUCUACACUUGGCUGACUCACACUAUAUUUGGGAUUAACAUAGUCUUCAUACCAUCUGCAUUAGCAGCAAUCCUUGGAGCAGUGCCGUUUCUGGGGACAUACUGGGCAGCCAUCCCUGCAGUCCUAGAUUUGUGGCUUGUGCAAGGACAGGGGUGCAAAGCCAUUUUGCUCUUGGUUUUUCACCUCUUGCCAACCUACUUUGUAGACACAGCAAUUUAUUCAGAUAUAUCAGGAGGUGGCCAUCCUUACCUGACGGGUCUUGCAGUAGCUGGUGGAGCAUACUACCUGGGGCUGGAAGGAGCCAUUAUAGGACCAAUUCUACUUUGUAUACUUGUGGUUGCUUCCAACAUAUAUAGUGCCAUGUUGGUGAGCCCAACAAAUUCAGUGCCCACUCCAUCACAAUCACCAUGGCCAUUACAGAUUUACCGCUCAUCUAGAGAGAGUCCUGAAGAGAUUAAAAUGGCUGCAGAGUGAUGAAGGUGCUGUGCUGCAUCUCAUCAGCAUGAGUGAAUCACUGUCUUCUGUCUGGAGUUCCAACAGUCAUGGCCUUCUGUCCCUUUCCAGCUGUGCCUAGGGGCAGCUCACAAGGAAGCACAGCAGCAUAGCUUGGGUUUUAACAGAAAGUACUUCUUAAACUUCUUGAGCUGGCCUUACGUUAUUGUGCACUUUGCCUUCUCAGGAGAGAAUGUCUACUUCCCAUGGCUUUGCAUACCAACACACAGUUCAGCUGCCUUGUUGAACGCCUUGAAGACUUUUGUCUUCAUAAAAAGAAUAGUUAAAGAGGACAGGUAUAUCCACUGGAGUAGUAAUCUUGUCUGCAAAAAUGACUAACUUGGCUUUUAUUUAUUGGGCUAUUUGUGUUAUUAAAUUGUAGUAGCUUUAAAGAAAGCUAAUUCCAAAGUAAUUUAUUUUCAGUUAAUCUGGUGGCAAAAAAAAGGUGUAAACCACUAUUGAUAAAUGAGAGUAUAAUUAUUUGCUGCUCCUCUCUUUAGAGGCUUUGACCAUCAUCUGUAACUCAUAAUAACACUAUACGCACUGAAAUUUAAUGUUGUUAGAGGCUGAUAUUUCUAAUAUUUUCCUGAAAUGAGUAGACAUGCAAAUUGUUAAAUGUGAGUUUUCCUCAUAUUGCAAUAGGAAGACUUAUUUAAAUAGUUUGAAUCUUUUCCUUAUUUGCAGUGAAAUCUGUUAGUAUUUUGCUGUUUACCCACCAUCCCAGUGGAGUCAUCGGGUCAACUAAACUUAAAGACCUUAAAUGUUUCAGGCAGGGGUAAUGUACCUCAUCUGUUCAUCUGGAAGUCACAUCUGCUUCCAAUAGUAGGAAGAAGUUGAAUGGGGAUUGUUGAAUGUUGUUUUUGAAGUUCUGUGGCAGAGGUCAAACUUUUCAAAUUUAUUUCCAAAGAGGAAGGGGAAAGAGCAUGAAUUUUGGUUUAGUUUAGUUUGAGUUGGUUUUUUUUUCCCCUGUAGGCCCCUGGCCAAAUAUCAUAAUAAGAUAUAUCUUAUAUAUUAAGACAAAUCUCAAUAAUAAAUGGAGUUCUUAAAGUUCUGAAA